AUGGCAUCGUGGAACUUCACAGCAUCUUCGUCAUCACAAAACAUUGAUGAAGAAGAACCUUUGAUACUAGAUAAUGUUGAUGAUUUCAGCACAGAUGAUGAAAUGGAUAACUUAAUUCGCGAUGAAGACGGUGAUGACGAUNAAANGACANANUCGUCUCANCAUGUCAUUCCAGAACUGCAUGAGCGUAUGCAUUUCCAAUCCAAGGAGGAAACUGUUGCUGCAAUCAAACAAUAUCACAUCACAAAUGGUUACAAAUACAGCGUUGUUGAAUCAAAGCCUAACAUCUAUGUUAUUCGAUGUCUAGAAUACCACAACGGCUGUCAAUGGCGAUUGAGGGCAAGCUAUAGCAAAGUCCAUCAUACAAAUCUUGAUAGUACUCACAUUGCCGCAAUUGUAUCAAAUUCUGUCCGCACAAACCCCUCCAUUCCCAUCAAAAGUUUGAUUGCAGAUAUUAAAUCUCGAUUCGGAUAUUCCGUGUCAUACAGAAAAGCUUGGAUCGCAAAGCAAAAGGCUUUUGCUAUGGAGUUUGGUGAUUGGGAAGAGUCGUAUAACCAUCUACCCAGGUGGUUGCAUGCGGUGAAGGAAGCAAACCCUGGUACAAUAAUACAAUGCAUUGGUUCUCCACUGGAGAUUGAUGGACAAACAGACAAUAAUUGCUACAUUAUGGAAAGAGUUUUUUGGUCUUUCGAUCCUUGCAUACAAGGAUUCAAAUAUUGUAAACCCAUUCUCCAAGUUGACGGGACGUUUUUAACAGGCAAAUAUCAUGGAACUUUGCUCACCGCCAUGAGUCAGGAUGGCAAUAGAAAUCUUUUCCCAGUAGCAUUUGCAAUUGUAGAAGGUGAGAAAAAGGAGGCCAUGAUAUGGUUCUUUCAACUACUUCGAGAACAUGUUUGCCAUCAAGCAAAUAUUUGCAUCAUCACUGACAGAGGAAAGGGUAUCUUAUCCGCCUUAAGAUCAGAAGAAGUUGGUUGGGAAGAACAUGCUUACGAGGUCAAGCAACCUACUGUUACGGCAAAGCUUACUGCACUAAGACACCAUUACCCACAAUAA